UUACCGUCUCGCACCUCGUUCUAGGCUAGGCUUCGACUCGAUCGGCAAACCUCGCGUAACUCAACAAGCAAGAACUUGCGAUAUUCGCCUACGAUCCUGCGAUCCGCGUGUGCGUUUGUGUGAGCGUGUGUAUGUGUGUACGAGUGGCUUACUACGAAUAUCGACCACCAUGUCCGUGUCACAGAUACUGCGCGUGUUGGCGAUCGGUUGUUUCGUGAUCGGAUGCACUCAAGCAAACGUAAUCAUGUACGAUACCGAGGAGAACAGCAUCGAUGGCUCGAGCGAUUUUAUCGACCUGACCCAUCUGGGACCGAAUCUGUUUGGUGAACCUGAUGAAGAGGUGGGCAAACUGGUGGCCAACUUCAAUCCGGAAACCGAUGCCGGCAAUGUGGAGGAAUUGGGAUCUUACGUCGAGGGUGACAUGCUGAUCGAUCGUCCCGAAGGACGGAAUGGCCUAUCAAAUACAGCCACCCGUUGGCCCAAUGGUGUGGUACCGUUCGUGAUUUCGGGAAACUUUGAUGCUAAGGGUAUGCAACUGAUCGAGCAAGCCAUCAACGAGUAUCACACGAAAACGUGCAUCCGAUUCGUGCCGCGUAUGGGCGAAAAGAACUAUGUUUCCUUCGAAAGUUCCAGCAGUGGGUGCUGGUCCAGCGUGGGUAUGAUUGGUGGCAAACAGGCGGUCAAUCUGCAGAUUCCCGGCUGCACCACACUCGUCGGUACCGCCAUACACGAGAUGAUGCAUGCGCUCGGCUUUCUGCACGAGCAGAACCGCGAGGAUCGCGAUGAUUGGGUGCGAAUUCGCUACGAAAACAUCAAGGCUGGAACGUCCAACAAUUUCGAGAAAGCCAAGAAGGGUACCACCAACAGCUUCGGCGUAGCGUACGAUUACGCCAGUAUCAUGCACUACUCGUCGAAUGCGUUCUCAACCAACGGUAACCCCACGAUCGAAGCGAAGAAACCGUUGAAUGGUGCUAAGAUGGGUCAACGGGAAGGUUUUUCGUGGAGCGAUAUGGAAAAACUGAACCGGAUGUACAAAUGCCAGGGAAGCUUAGGAAAUGGCCAAACAGUUCUUCGUCCUCCUACAUUUGGCAUCUUGCCCUCAACUGGAGUUUCCGCGCCGGUAAACCCGUCGGGUCCCAAUGCCGGUGGGUCGCCGUAUUUCCCACCAUCGGGGCCUUCCCCGUUCAAACCGUACUAUCCUCCAGCAGGAGGAUUCGGACCAAUGUUACCCUACGGACCGUAUCCUUCCGUUGCUGGUUAUGGGCCUGGGUUUGGCUACUAUCCGCAUGAUACGGACACAAGUGAACAUGAAGUGGCCGAAAGAUUGUAACCCGGCUACAGAGACUUCAAACAAACUCCAGCAUAUAUAUACAUACGUUAAAAAAAUGCAUAUAAUUGGAAACGCCGCAAAUAAAUCAUUACAUUAAUAU